CCCCAGUGAAGUGUGUGAUAGAUUGUCUCAGACUGAAGUCAUUGGAUGCUGAAUACGAUAAAUUUGGUGCCUAUUAAAGCAAAUUUGUAUUUGUUUUGAAACUGAAAGUGUUCAAAGAUGGAGCUCGGAGGAGCUAAUGCCAAUGAUGACAUAGAUGCCAUGUUCAGCAAUCUCCUCGGAGAGAUGGAUCUGCUGACACAGAGUUUAGGUGUGGAUACUAUCCCACCCUCAACUACAACAUCCAAUCAGGACACAGAGUUGAAAAUCUCAAUUGGUUUUGCAGAUGUAAAUGAGUCUCUCAAUGCUCUGGAAGACACCGACUUGGAUGCCUUAAUGGCAGACCUAAUGCAGGACAUCAGUCAGACAGAGCAAGUCUGCAAUGCAAGAGCCAUGACAGCUACAUCUCAAGCUACCCCAGCUUCAAACAUUUGGAGUUCCAAUGCAAUGCCAGAUUAUUCAGUGAUCCCCCCAGUGUCACAGACAGGAUAUGCAGAGCAAUCAAGCCUAGAUCUCCUACCACCUCCACCUGACAUGGGCCCACCACUCAGUUCAGCUUCUGUGUCACUUCCACCACCACCACCUCUGGAACCACCAGAACCAUUGACAGAGGAAGAACGAGAAGCCCGGGCAAAAGCUGACAAAAUCAAACUUGCCUUGGAAAAGCUGAAAGAAGCAAAGGUUAAAAAGCUGGUUGUUAAGGUCCUCAUGAAUGACAGCAGCAGUAAAACACUGAUGGUCGAUGAAAGACAGACUGUGAGAGAAGUUCUGGACAAUUUAUUUGAGAAGUCUCACUGUGACUGCAAUGUGGAUUGGUGCCUAUAUGAAAGAAAUCCAGAACUACAGAUUGAGCGAUUUCUGGAAGAUCAUGAAAACUUAGUGGAGACCCUGUCACAUUGGACACGAGACAGUGAGAACACACUUCUAUUUGUUGAAAAGAAAGAAAAGUAUGCAGUCUUUAAAAAUCCUCAGAAUUUCUACAUUGCAAAGAAGAAAGCAGAAGGGAAGAAUAUGAAAGACAAAAACAAAGAGGCAUUACUUGAGGAAUGUUUCUGUGGAACAUCAGUCAUUGUACCAGAACUUGAAGGAGCCCUCUGUGUAAAAGAAGAUGGAAAGAAGUCAUGGAAACGUCGAUACUUUCUCCUGCGAGCUUCAGGAAUUUAUUAUGUUCCUAAAGGAAAAACUAAGACAUCUCGUGAUCUGGUUUGUUUCAUCCAGUUUGAGAAUGUCAAUAUUUACUAUGGAAUGAAUUACAAAGCGAAAUACAAAGCACCGACUGAUCACUGCUUUGUACUGAAGCACCCUCAGAUUCAGAAAGAGUCACAAUAUAUCAAGUAUCUGUGCUGCGACGAUCCCUGGGCUCUGCAACAGUGGAUAAUGGGGAUACGAAUAGGAAAGUACAGUAAAACAUUGUAUGACAACUACAAAGUGGCUGUACAAAGGGCUGGUCUGGCCUCACGAUGGACAAAUUUUUCAAAUGUAGAACCUGCCAAUACCACAAGCACCAUUCCAGCUAUUCCUCAACCAAAUGGACAUCCAGGCCAACCACAGAAAGCAUUGAACCCAGUCAGUCCAGCAUUUCCUGAAUCCUGGAAGAGUGCACAGGAGAAGACAACUUAUAAUAUUGAUAUCAACCUGCCACCGCCACCUCCUCAACUUGGAUAUCAGGAGUCUUCGCAGGCUGAAGAAGAGGAGCUACCACCUCCCCCUCCAUCCUUUGAACCUCCCCCUCCACUUUUUCAGCCUCCUCAAGAGCCAGCCAUACGAAAGUCAGGUCCUCCUGCAGUACCUACCCGUCACUACCCCUCUACUACAUCGGCAGCACCACCUCCUACUGCAAUCAAACGUAAAAAUUCAGGUGCAAAUAACAAACUAAAGUCAAAUGCACACAUUGGAGAGUUACCUCCUCCUCCUCCAGAUCCAGAGAACUUUCCAGAACCACCACCUGAUUUUCUGCCGCCUCCUCCUCCAUGCUUCAACAACAAUCCUGGAGGACCACCACCACCGCCACCUCCUCCUCCACCACUUGCUUCUAAUCCAACCAUUAAUGCUGUGAAAAAGCCAGAAGUGCCAAAGAGGAGUGAGAAUACGACAAUGACCUCCAGCAACAGACCUGGAGGAGGUGUUUCAUCAGACAAGCCAGACCUUAUGUCAGAUCUCAUGAAGGCUCUACAGAAGAAAAGAGCUGCAAUAAAUGAAUAAGUACAGGCAAUUUAGUCAAAGAUUUGUGUCCAUAGGUACUUUACAGUUUAUGUGACACUAAAUCAUUUACCAAAAACAGCUCAAAUUGACUCAUAUUGGCGAGUAGUCUGAUCUGCACCAGUAAAGAAACAGCAUUUGAACACAGUUGUUCAGGCACCUCCAGCUUUGGAAACAAACAAUGUAUUAAAAGUGUUGCAUCAUCAAAGAAAAUAUCAAUGUUUAUACAGCCAACAUGUUAAUUUUCCAUAACUGUACAUAUGCAAUGUUUGCUAUUGUUUUACAAGUGUGUUGAUGUUAUUUGACAGUGAAUUUCACUUUCUUCUAAUCGCUAAUGUGAUGUGGCAUUAAUCUAGAGAGACCAGAAAAUCUGCACUGUUUUCCGUGAAUUUGGGAAGACCAAUGUCAAAGCCAUUCUGUCUGAUCUCCAUAUUAGAGGGAAAUGAAACAUCAAAAGCUUCUACUUCUGGUUGCCUUCUCACUAUUGUGUUCUCAGUCAAUAUCUGGAAAGUUGAAGUCCCCCAUGACAACUACCCUGUCUCUCUCACUUCUAUUGAGAAUCAUCUUUGCUAUCCUUUCCUCUACAUCUCUGGAACUAUUCGGAGGCCUAUAGAAAACUCUCAACAGGGUGACCUCUCCUUUCCUGUUUCUAACCUCAGCCCAUACUACCUCAGUUGACGAGUCCCCAAACAUCCUUUCUGCAACUGUAAUACUGUCUUGACCAACAAUGCCACACCUCCGCCCCUUUUACCAUCUUCUCUGUUCUUACUGAAACAUCUAAAUCCCGGAACCUGCAACAACCAUUCCUGUCCCUGCUCUAUCCAUGUCUCCGAAAUGGCCACAACAUCGAAGUCCCCGGUACAAACCCAUGCUGCAAGUUCACCCACCUUAUUCCGGACGCUCCUGGCAUUGAAGUAGACACACUUCAAUCCAACUUCUUGCUUGCCGGUGCCAUCUUGCUUCCCUGAAACUUUAUUUCAGACCACCCUACUCUCAACCUUUUCUAUAGUCAAAGUACAAUUUUGGUUCCCACCCCCCUGCUGAAUUAGUUUAAACCCACCCGAACAGCCUUAGCAAAUUUUCCCCCAGGAUAUCGGUACCCCUCUGGUUCAGGUGAAGACCAUCUUGCUUGUAGAGGUCCCACCUACCCCAGAAAGAGCCCCAAUUAUCCAAGAAUCCAAAACUGUCCCUCCUGCACCAUCCCUGUAGCCACGUGUUCAACUCCUCUCUCUCCCUAUUCCUCGCCUCACUAGCACGUGGCACGGGCAACAAACCAGAGACAACAACUCUGUUCGUCCUAGCUCUAAGCUUCCAUCCUAGCUUCCUGAAUUUCUGCCUUAAAUCCCCAUCUCUCUUCCUACCCAUGUCGUUGGUGUCAAUGUGGACCACGACUUGGGGCUGCUCCCCCUCCCCCUUGAGGAUCCCAAAAACACGAUCAGAGACAUCACGCACCCUGGCACCUGGGAGGCAACACACCAACCGUGAGUCUCUCUCGUCCCCACAGAACCUCCUAUCUGUCCCCCUAACCAUGGAGUCCCCAAUGACUAAUGCUCUGCUCCUCUUUCCCCUUCCCUUCUGAGCAGCAGGGACAGACUCUGUGCCAGAGAGCUGUGCCCCGCUGCUUGCCCCUGGUAAGUCGACCCCCCCAACAGUAUCCAAAACGGUAUACUUAUUGUUGAGGGGAAUGGCCACAGGGGAUCCCUGCACUGCCUGCCGGUUCCCUUUCCGUUCCCUGACCGUAACCCAUCUGCCUUUUUCUUGUACCUGAGGAGUGACUACCUCCCUGUAACUCCUCUCAAUAACCCCCUCUGCCUCCCGAAUGAUCCGAAGUUCAUCCAGCUCCAGCUCCAGUUCCCUGAUGUGGUUUUCAAGGAGCUGGAGUUGGGUGCACUUCCCGCAGAUGUAGUCAGCAGGGACACUAGUGGUGACCCUUACCUCCCACAUUCUGCAGGAGGAACAUUCAACUGCCCUGACCUCUGUUCCCAUUAUUCUAAAUUCCCAAGGCUUAAAAAAUAAAGAAUAAAAAAUAAACUUGUUACCUUGCCAAUCAGGCACACAGAACCUUUUUUUUUGGUUCGAGGAGGAGGAUGGGUGGGAGACACUACCCGGGUAGUGUUUCAGGGUAACGCAACCACACAAAUAUAUUACCUCACUUACUCACCAGUCCCGUGUCGGCUCCUGCUCAGCGUCCCUCUGCCUAUUCACAAGGUAAGCUUUUUAAAGAUUCAAAAACCGUGACUCACCGGCUUCCCGACAGGCUCCCGCUCACGCUGCUGCUGCAACCUUUCAGUCUAUUAAUUUCUCCAGCACUAAUAUUGGUUUCCUUCUAUUCAUCCUUCUCACUAUACUCUUGUUUCCUUUGCAAUUCUAGGAUGUUAUUAGUGUAUUUGAUUGUAAAGAUGACCACUACCAAAACCUACCAUAUCUCAGUUUCCUGCCAUUUUUUUAUUCUCCAUUAUCAAUUCUCCCAUUUCAGACUGUAAGGAAAGAUAUUUAUCCUCACUUAGCUUUUUUUUAUUUUUACAUACUUACAGAAGCUUUUAUAGUCUGCUUUAGUGUUCGUUGCAAGUUUACAUUAUUUUCUAGUGUUCCCUUGUUAAUCAAUCUUAGUCCUACUUGCUAAAUUUGAUUAACUCCAAAUCCUCAGGUUUGCGACUUUUUCUAACAAUAUUAUAUGAUUUCUCUUUGUCUCUAAUACUACCCUUAAUUUCCUUUGUUAGCCCUGGUUGGGACAUCUCUCCUAUUGUGUUUUUUUCACCAGAAUAAAUCACUUGGAGAAUGAACAGAUGACACAGUAAGCAGAACAAAUUGCCAGAUUACAGAGAAGGAGAAGGGUUGUCAUCAGUGUGCUAUAAUCCCGAAAGUUGUUUAGAGAGCAAUUCACAUCUGUAAACCUCAGCCAAAAACAAUAUGAGACAUCAAUGCUUCAGUAAGGAUGUAAGCCAUUUAGGACUGAGAUGGAGAGUUUCUUCACUCAGAGGGUGGCAAACCUUUGACAUUCUCCAUUCCAUAGGACUCAGUCAUUGAGUAUAUUGCAAAUGAUGUCAAUUGGUUUCCAGAUAUUAAAUAUGUCCAUAGAUAUGGAAAUAGUGUAAAAAAUGCAUUGAGACUGAAGAUCAUUAAUAAUUUUCUUGACUGGUGAACAGGCUCAGGAAGCCAAAGUCAUUCUCUGAUUUUCUAUGUCCCUAUGAUGUUUUAGUUCAAAAAAUGCAAUUCUGUCCGAAUGCAGAGGGACCCUGGGAAUAUAGCAAAGAUUCUAAACAUUAUCCUUUGCUAUUAUAACUAUAUAUAAUACUUGUAACUACAAAAGACUAUUAAUUAUUAUAAAUUGCCAGAAGGUGGUGUCAUUGUCCCACCUCAGCCUGUAGAGACGAUCAAUAGGGCUUUCAUGCUGUAGGUGGGCUUGGAGCUUCUACUAGGUCACACUUCACUUAAACUCAGUCUAACCAUAUAACAAAAUUCAGAAUUUCAAGUGUAAAGUACAUUGAGCACAAAUAAAGUUUCAGUGAUCACUAGCAUUUGUUUAAAAGUCUUUGAACUUGGCCUGCUUCUUUAAAAGUGGUCAUAUCUGACAUUAAAUCAAUUACCAUUUCAUCUCUGUAUUUCUGACCAGACUGUUUUUUAAGUUAAACUGGUUUUCUCCAACAUAAUAAAACUAAA